CUCGGCUCAGUGUGUUCUGACCUGCAGCGAUGAGAGACGCGGCUGCUGGGGGGUUCCUGGUGGAGCCGUGGCCCGGUGGCGUCUCCGUGGAGACGGAGGCCGGCUGGGACGGUCUGGUGCUUCAGUGUGCUGCUCUGCUGGGACUCACUCUGAUCGGUGUGUGUGUGUUGAGGCGGUGGAUUGCAGGUGGAGUGUGUCGCUGUUCGGUUCGUCUGGAUGGAAAGACAGUUCUGAUCACCGGAGCAAACACCGGCAUCGGCAAAGAGACGUGCCGCGACCUGGCAGCCAGAGGGGCCCGGGUGGUGAUGGCGUGCAGGGAUCUGACCCGGGCAGAGCGUGCGGCGCAGGAAGUCCGCCAGUUGACAGGAAACAGAGACGUGGUGGUCCGACACCUGGACUUGUCCUCCGUCUACUCCGUCAGACAGUUCGCUAAAGACUUCCUGGACGGAGAGGACAGACUGGACAUCCUCAUCAACAACGCAGGAGUGAUGAUGUGUCCCCGAUGGCUGACUGAAGAUGGUUUUGAGACUCAGCUGGCUGUCAAUCAUCUGGGUCACUUCCUGCUGACCAAUCUGCUGCUGCCGAUGCUGCAGAGCUCCGCCCCCAGCCGCGUCAUCAUCGUGUCAUCCAUGGCCCACCGGGGGGGUCGCAUCGACUUUGACGACUUGUUCUCCAGCAGCAAGACAUACAGUUCUCUGGAGAGCUACAGACAGAGCAAACUGGCCAACGUCCUGUUCUGCAGAGAGCUCGGGCGACGACUCAGAGGCUCCGGUGUGUCUGCGUUCUGUCUGCACCCCGGUGUGAUCCGGACCGAGCUGGGCCGCCACGUUAGCGGCUGGUUCCCCCUGCUGGGGGCCCUGCUGGGCCUCCUGUCCCUCCUGUUCAUGAAGACCCCCCGCCAGGGCAGCCAGACCACCGUGUACUGCGCCGUCACACCGGGACUGGAGGGGCAAUCAGGACGCUACUUCAGUGACUGUGCAGGAGCUCCUCAGCUGACCCGGUUUAUCAGAGCCUCAGCUGGUUGUCUGGCACUUCAGAGACUUUGCCGUUCCCGGCCGUCUCCCAGAGACUUUGCGGUGCCCGGCUUCCCAGAGACUCCUGCCCCCGUGUCCUGUUGGUGGCUUGGCACGACUCUUUUCCCCCGUGUCCUGUUGGUGGCUUGGCCGACUCCUGCCCCCCGUGUCCUGUUGGUGGACUCGCCGACUCUGCCUUGUUGCCAGUUACUGGUCCAAUUACCUUGUUGGCGGACCCUGGCCCAGCUGACUCGUCGCCUGGCUCCAGCCGAGCUCCCCCUUCACCUGCUUGGCCUGCCUGACCUCCCGAGGGACUUAGCCUUUGCCGUGUUGUCCGGCCUCCUCAGGGGUUUCGUCUUCGUCGCCGACCUGAAGAGAGUCUUCGCGGUCCUGUCCGCCCUCCUGAAGGACUCAGCCUUCGCCGUCCUGCUUGGCAUCCUGAGGGUUUCGCCAUCGCUGCCGGUCUCCGGAGAGUCUUCACUGUCCUUCGCCACUGCCAGCAGCCCCAGUCCCAGAGCCUUGCUCCUGUUUUUGUUCGCCUUUCAGGUCUUUGUCUCUUGUCAGAUUAUUUUGUUCGGUUUGCUGUGA